UCUUUGCACAUCAUGUCUGGCAUUGUGCUAUACCUGGACCUCCUAUCUCAACCAAGUCGAGCCAUUUAUAUCUUCUCCAAAGUCAACAAGAUUCCAUUUCAUUAUCAUGAAGUGCAACUCUUCCAAGGGGGGCACCUGACAGGGGAAUUUGAAAAGGUCAAUCCACUACGCAAAGUGCCAGUGUUAAAAGAUGGAGAUUUCACACUAAUUGAAAGCACUGCAAUUUUGCUUUACCUAGUGAAUAAAUAUAAAACCCCUGAUCACUGGUACCCAUCAGAUCUUCAAAAGCGUGCACGUGUUGAUGAAUACCUUGCCUGGCAGCACACUAACACUCAUCACUAUAGUUGUAGGGUGUUCUGGGUCAAGUGUAUGACACCAGUUAUCUUUGGCCAUGAAGUUUCUCCUGAAAAGCUACAGCAAGUCUUGGCUGAGUUCAAUGCUAUAAUGACUCAGCUUGAAAAGCUAUUCCUGAAAGACCAACUGUUCCUGGCUGGUGAUGAGAUCUCACUAGCAGAUCUUGUGGCCAUGGCAGAUAUUAUGCAGGUCAUUGCAAGUGGAGUCCCCAUUUUUGAAGAUAGACCCAAGCUUGGAGCCUGGAAGCAGCGGGUUGUGGAUGCACUGGGAUCAGAACUGUUCAAAGAGGCUCAUGAAGGCAUUCUCAAUGUUAAAGAACAACAACUUGAGUCUCUGUCCCCAGAAAUGAAAAAAAUAUUUAAAGCAAAACUGUUAAUAUUCUCACAAUGA